AUGGAAGAAAAUUUGAAGCAAGUAACUUUGGGUAGAUUAAAUUUAUUUGCAUGUGAUAGAGGAUUUCCAAAUUUUGAAAAUUUGGAAUUGGACCUUAGUGGUAAGGAAUAUAAACGUAAAUUAGAAUAUAAGAUUAAUAAAAUUUCUGAUUCAAAGUCUUCUAUUAAAUUAUACAAUAAUUCUAAAAUACCUCGUAUAGAUGAUAAUAUACCUAAAACAGCUUUAGAUAUACAUUUGAAUAAUAAAAAACUUGAAGGAUAUAAAGAACUCAUGCUCCAUAAUAGUUCUAAAAAGUAUAUAGAUAGUAUUUGGAAACCAACAUUCAAACUACAAAGAGUUAUAAGUGGUCAUCAAGGAUGGGUCAGAUGUUUAUCAAUAAAUACAGAUAAUGAUUUUUUCGUAUCUGGUGGAGCUGAUAGAUUGAUAAAGAUCUGGGACUUAGCUUCUGGAAAACUAAGAUUAACAUUGACUGGACAUGUUGCUACUAUAAGACAAUUACUAAUUAGUGAUCGGCAUCCAUAUAUGUUUAGCUGUAGUGAGGAUAAAACAAUGAAAUGUUGGGAUUUAGAAACUAAUCGUGUAAUUAGAACAUAUAUAGGGCAUGCUCUUGGCCUUUAUGCUCUAGCUUUACAUCCUUCAUUAGAUAUUAUUUCUACAGGUUCAAGAGAUGGAACUAUUAUAUUAUGGGAUAUAAGAACCAGAACACCUAUUCAUAAAUUAAAACAACAUAAGGCUGCUAUUUCAUCUCUUUUAAUGCAAUCAAUAGAGCCACAAUUAGUAUCUGGGAGUUUUGAUAAAACUAUUAAAUUAUGGGACAUUGUAGCAGGCAAGUGUAGACACGUCUUGACAUAUCAUAAGAAACCUAUACGUUCAUUAAUAGUUCAUCCCAAAGAAUAUGCUUUCCUUUCUGCUGGAACAGAUUCAAUUAAAGCUUGGACAGGUGAGAAUGCAGAACUUUAUAAAGAUUUUGUAGGUGCAAAUGCAAUUACAAAUUGUUUGGCUAUUAAAAGUCAAGGUGAAUAUUCUGUGAUUAUUAGUGGUUGUGACAAUGGACAGUUACAUUUUUGGGAUUAUACAUCAGGUAUUAAAUAUAGUACUAUACAAAGUCAAGUUCAGCCAGGUUCUUUAGAAGCAGAAAAUUCAAUUUUAUGUUGUAUCUUAGAUAAAUCUGAAACCAGAUUAAUAACUGGUGAAGGUGAUAAGACAAUUAAAGUUUGGGCAGAGAAUGAAUUAGAAAUGAUGUAA